CCGGCCAGGCCCGCAGAGCCCGCGCGCACCCCCAUCCCCCCCAGCCCGCCCCGGCCGCCGCUCGGCCCCGCCGCGCCCGCAGAGGCCGCCAUGCGGCCCGCGCGCUGCCUCGCGCUGGGCAGCCUCCUCGCCCUGGUCGGGCUGCUGGAAGGCCGGCUCGUGGGCGAGGAGGAAGCCGGCUUCGGCGAAUGCGACCGGUUCUUCUACGCCGGGACCCCGCCUGCGGGGCUGGCGGCCGAGGCCCACGUGAAGGUCUGUCAGCGCUUCGAGGGCGCCGAGCGCUUCGCCACCCUGUACAGCCGCCGGGACCGCAUCCCCGUGUACUCGGCGUUCCGCGCCGCGCGCCCCGCGGCCGCCGGCGCCCAGCCCCGCUGGCUGGUGGAGCCGCAGAUCGAUGACCCCACCAGCCCCCUCGAGGAGGUGAUUGAUGAAGCUGAUGCCAUCACCUCUGUGAGUGGCCUGGGAAGCAAGCAAGCCCUGAGUACAGAUUACCUGGACUCUGAUUACCAAAGAGGACAGCUAUACCCAUUCUCCCUUAGCAAGGAUUUGCAAGUGGCCACAUUCGCUCUCACAAACACAGCUCCGAUGGCACCGUCCUUCCGGGAGCGGUGGUACUUGAAUCUCAACAGCCUGAUGGAGCGGGCCCUGACCCCACAGUGUAGCAGUGGGGCACACCUGUAUAUCAUCACAGGCGCUGUGCCCUCAGACCGCAAACUGAAGGACAGAGUGACCGUCCCUGCGUUUGUCUGGCUGGCAGCCUGCUGCGCCGCACCCGGGGGCGGCUGGGCCAUGGGCUUUGUCCAGCACGCCCGGGAUGGUGACGUCAUAGAGGACGUGAUGGUGAGAGAGCUCGAGAAGCUGCUUCCAUUCAACCCCCAGCUCUUCCGGGACAACUGUGGCGAAACCGAACAGGACACGGAGAGAAUGAAAAAAAUCCUGGAAGUGGUCAACCAAGUCCAGGAUGAAGAGCGAAUGGUACAGGCGAAAGAGGGCACUCAUCCCCUCUCCAGCACCAAGGGCCAGGGGUCAGCUCUGCUACCUCCAGAGCCAUCUGAGGAGAGGAGGAGCUUUUUGGGCAGGUUGAGGACCUUCCUCGCCACCCCCAUCAUCAGGCUUUUCCAAUUACUUUAUUACGUUGCUGUAGGCAUCCUGAAGAACGUUAUAUAUGUCCUGUGGUUUGUUACCAAGCAGGUGUUUAAUGGCAUAGAAAGUUGCCUUUACCGCUUGGGUUCAGCCACCAUCUCAUACUUCUUGGCCAUUGGGGAAGAGUUGGCGAGCAUCCCCUGGAAGGUACUCAAAGUCAUGGUCAAAAUCAUCAGGGCCAUUCUCCGGAUCCUUUGUUGUCUGCUGAAGGCCAUUUGCCGCAUUCUGGGCAUUCCAGUCCGAGUCCUUGUGGACGUGGCCACUUUCCCCAUGCACACCAUAAGUGCGGUUCCGAUUGUGUGCAAGGACAUUGCAGUGGGCCUUGGUGGCACCAUCUCUCUGCUCUUUGAUGCUGCUUUUGGCACUAUGGGUAGCCUGUUUCAGGUUAUUUUUAGUAUCUGCAAGAGGAUUGGCUACAGGGUUACUUUUGACAAUUCGGAGGAGUUAUAGAACUCAGAAAAACUAGGAGGGUCCAGUUACAGUGAAUUUGAUUUUUUUUUUUUUAAAUAGAGAAAGCUGGAAUAUUUUGUCUUUACAAUGGGUUUCUGUUCGCUGUCAAUUACUGUUAUAUCUUGGCCUUUGGUAGGGGUAUUUGCAUGUUUUUGCAAAAGAAGAUGGUAUAAUUUAGACUUGAGCAAAGAGAGAUGUUGAGCGUGGGAUUAUGUGUAGGUCAUCUGUGGGAUAUGGGCAAACUUCCAAACCAUUAGAAUCUUUCUUCACUCUGCUACUUGAUGGACCACCUGAGAUACUCUGGUGUUCAUUUGUGAUAACUAGGAAUUACAGAGAAGGGAAGAAUUAGGAAGAAGACAACCUUAAUCCAAAGAGUUUCUGAGAGAAUGGGAAAGGAAUCUUGUUUCUUUUAUGAGAUGUAAGGCAAAGCCUAUAUAAAUGCUGUUGGUUGAUUCAUUUUCAUUUGUUUCUCUUUCUCCCCAACUCAUCUGACCUUGGUGAAGUGCAGACAUGCUUCCCUGUUGAAAUAACUUUCUUAGGGAUAAAGAAUUUGCUUUAGCCCUGAGCUUUCCAUGGCUUCCAAGGACCUGUAAGGUUGCUUGGGUUUUUUGUGGUUUUUUUUCCCCUCCCAAGAUGAAUUUUGCUGCAUUUUUCUUUUAGGUAAUGAUAAGCAUUAUGUGUUAAAUGUGGCAUAACAAAGUUUGAAUGCAAGGGCAAAGAUUGUUUGCCCUUUGAACAGUGUAGCACCAUCCUCUCAGGUAUAAAGAAGAGAUUGCAAGGGUCAGAGCCCCGCUCUGAGUAGGUGUUGUAGGUCUGAGAACGUCCUUAGCUAAGCUUGGAUUAACUUGAUGUAUAUUAAAUCUCUGGCUGACAAGAAUGAACUCAAAGACUGACAUAUUAGCUAAUAUGAAAAUCUGUACUCUCCAACAUUCUAGAUCAGUCUUUGUUAUGCUUCAGACAAGUACCCAUUACAGUAAAAUCUCUGACCUCUGUCCUUAAAUGAUUGUUUUGGUAUGAAUGUAUACAGAAGAGCCACAAAAGAAAAAAAAAACUAUUCUAGCCAUCUCAGAAAAAAAAUCCAUAUCCAUAUAUAAGUUUAUAUAAGCAUAAACUUGAUUAAGAAUCACCAUGUCUUAGGAAAUUACUUUUAUAGUGUGUUUGAGGCUAGAAAACAUAACUCUCCCAUUAAUGCAAGUUUGAUUUGAGAGCUAACCCCUAUUUUUCUGAUCAAUUUAUUUUAAAUCUUGCCCUGAAAGAGAAAGCAGUAUCUUCCAAACUUUGUUCCACCUUCCACAGCUGAGAUGGAAUCAUCUGGAUUUUUCUGAGUGUCCUCAAGAGUUGCUGUGAGGUAGAAAUGGGCCACGUGUAAAAUACUGUCCUUGGCGGGGGGGGGGGGUUGUGCGUAGAGUACCAUUCAUCUGAAAGUUAGUUGUAAAUACCUGGGAUCCAGAAAGGCAACAAGGAGAGAAUAAUGGAGAGAAAUAAUACUUCCAGUGGGUCGGUAGACAAGAAAUGUGAGUGUAGUGAGUUCCGUGUUGCCGAAAAAUAAUUGAAUUGCACCCAAAGUAGAAGGUCAAUUGGUGAGACAAUACUGGGGAUUAUGAACACCAGACUGGUCCAUGGUAGGGGAUAUGCACUAGAUUUAUCCAAGAAUCCUAAGCCGUCUUUUAGCACCGCUUCUGUUUGUGAGUGAGACCCUGUAGUGGGCCUUCCCUUCAUCUCAGCAGCAUGGAGAUUCACAGAAGGGUGAGGGUUCACCUUGGUACCGAGGGGUCAAGAGUCCUGCUGGGUGAAAGGAAGAGAAUCAUCGAAGCAACCAGAGAGAUGUGCUGGCCAAACCCUCAACUGAUGAAGAAACUGAGGCACAGGGGGGCACCAGGCUUGCCUUUAGUUUCUUUGCUGGCUCAUGGCAGAUCAGGAGCCAAGGUCUUUUGCACAUGUCCCAUCACACCUGGGAUGUCAGAUAAUGUGCUGUGUGCGUUACUACUCAGCUGCCUCCUUGGGUUUUCUCCAUCGUCCAUCAAACAGUCUAGGCCCUGACUCCUCAAUUGGAUGGAUUGAGCCCAAGUGAUGAAACCAUUAGCCAUCCAUGCACAGCGCCAUGCUUCCUGCCCCCCGCAGAAUCUUUGUUCCCUCAAAGUAUGUAUUUGCAUGCUGAUAGGCCCAGAGAGGCCAUCCAAGGCAGCUUGAACCCCUUGGCACCAUGCAAGGAACAGGGCAUCCAAACUGCUUCUCGAGAGCCACUUAGAAAUGCCUUCUUUUUCACUUCGAGUUGUUUAGUGUUUUAUUUAUUUAUUCUCUUGUGGCCUUUUGUGAAAUCUGGGAAGGGGUAAUAAAGCAAGAUAGAUCUUUAAGGCGAGGUGGCUGAGCCCAUCCGCUCUGGACCAGUAGGGUUAGUUGAGCCUGAUUUACUGGAACUGGCUCCAGCAGGUGGCUGGACUGCUCCCCCCCAUAAACUACUUUCACUUUGAGGUGACAGUUUGGACUGAUGAACACUGUCUGUAGCUCGAAGAUUUUUCUGUGGCUCUGUUAGGUCCUCAGGCCCUGGGGAGGUCAACUGUUCAUUAUUAUGGAGCUAAUUUCUAGUCUGUGGUUGAGCCACGCCUUUGGACACUCCUCUUUUCCAUUGUGCCUUUUGAAUGAUGGCUUCUCACUCACCAUCAGCACUUCCACCUAAACGCAGACUAGGGAGUUGGGAGAAGGAUCUAGAAUGAAGCACUCAUCAUUCAUUCAGUCAUUCAUCUGUCAAACAUGUAUUUGAACAUCGAGGUUGCAGAGAUCAGCAAUACGUGGAUCCCGUCUUGGAGGAGUUCAGAAAUCUAGUGGGGCGAACACACGGUGCAGUUGAAAGCUGAAACACAGCAUGGUGAGUGCUGCAAGAACAAUCCUAGCAGCGUGCUCCCUGGAGCAUGGGAAGAAAGCCCGCAAAACCAUGGAAACGAAGGAAGCCUUUACAGAGAGUGUGACGGAAGUCAACUUGACAUUUUCAGGCUAUGUACAAUGCUGUGCACCUUGCAAUGCUCAAUAAAAUAAUCGUUGACAA